AUAAUUUACGGUGCAACGCUGCAGUAACAUCCUAUAAUGCAGGACCUAGACGUUUGCAUUUGUUACAUAAAAAAAUUGCAAAACACAGUCCGGGUCUGUAUACUAAAAAAUUUAUUUCAAAAUCUACUUCAAAAAGUAUUCAGAGAAGUAAACGUCGAUUAUUCAAUCCUCCAGUUUACAAAACAACAAUAUCGGGACCAGAUCAGCAUUACGGAGCAACAGCAGACAUAGAAACAUCUCCAGAUAUGCCUAAACACGAAUAUGAUGCUAAAAAAAUAUUGUUUUUAUCAGAAUUGAACGUAACACAAGUGCAAAUAAAACAAAUUGAAAAAGAUACGAGAGGACAAAAUGCAUGUAUGGAGUGGCAUUUACAUAGAAAAAAAAGAUUGACCGCCUCUGUCUUUGGAAAUAUAUGUAAACUUAGACCCAAAACGUCGCGAGCCAAGACUGUAUCAAAUAUUUUAUAUGGUUCUUUUUGUGGUAACGACGCAACAAAAUAUGGGAUACAAAAUGAAGAAAAUGCGAAGUCGGCGUUGUCUAACAUUAUAAAUAAACCCAUAAGGUCGUCUGGAUUAAUUAUUGAUUAUGAAUUACCAUUUCUAGCUGCUUCUCCAGAUGGCCUAAUAGAUGAGGAUUCUUUAGUAGAAAUCAAAUGUCCAAUAAGCGCUAAAGAUAUAUCGCCUGAAGAUGGAAUUGCAAAAAAAAUAAUAAAGAGUUGCGAAAUAAAAAAUGGAAAAAUGGAACUUAAACGAACGAAUUCUUAUUAUUACCAGGUACAAGGGCAACUCCACAUCUCGAAAAAAAAGUUUUGCUAUUUUUGUAUUUGGACUUCUCGAGGUAUCCUUUAUGAAAAAAUAAAAAGAGAUGACAAUUUUUGGGAAGUAAAAAUGUUACCCCAUUUAGUUAACUUUUAUAAUAAUUGUUUAUUACCUGAAAUGGUUGAUCCACGCUAUGAUAGAAAUUUACCAUUGAGAGAUGGACUGAAAGAGUUAAGCUAAUAAACUAGGUACCUCUUGUUUUUUUUAUUGAAUACUUUUUCAGUGAAUACUUUGUAUAAAUUGAAUUGUAAUUAUGUCCAACAUUAGUUUUUUUUUACAUUUUUAUAUUUAUUUACUAGGUACCAUAAGUUAUUCUUUCUUAAUAAUAUUUACAUAAUAAUAAAUAAAUAUGUAAGGUAGGUAACGGUAUACCUAUAUACAUUUAUUAUUAUUUUUUGCUUUAAUAUAAUAUUUGUUACUAUUUGUUAUAAAAUAAAAUAUGCUUAUACAAGA